GUAGACUCACUAUAGAGACGCUCAAUUCACAGCUAUAAAGACCAGUCUUAAAGAAAUCGUUCAAGGCGAAGGUUGUGUACUUUGGCAGUUUGCAAAAAAACCGGGGCUUGUAAAAAGUGCAAUUAAAAGAAGAAGAAAAAACAUAGUUUUUUAGUCACAGUUAUUAAAAGUCGCAAACAGACAAAAAUGGAAGGAAAGACCGUUCUAAUCACAGGUGCCAACAGUGGUAUUGGCAAAGAAACCACCCGCGAUUUGGCUAAGCGUGGAGCUCGCAUUAUCAUGGCGUGCCGAAAUUUAGAAACUGCCAAUGCCGUGAAAGAGGAAAUUUCCAAAGAGACCGGCAACAACAAAUUGAUUGUGAAGAAACUUGAUUUGGGUAGUCUGCAAUCUGUUCGCGACUUUGCUGCUGACAUUUUGAAAACCGAAAAGAAAAUCGAUGUUCUUAUUCACAACGCUGGUAUGGCUUUGGCAUUCCGUGGCCAAACCAGUGUCGAUGGCAUUGAAUUGACCAUGGCCACCAAUCACUUUGGACCCUUCUUGUUGACCCAUUUGCUCAUUGACUUAAUGAGGAAGAGUGCUCCAUCUCGUAUUAUUAUUGUUGCAUCUGAACUGUAUCGCUUGGCCUCAGUUAACGAGAACAACUUGAACCCAAUUGGCUCAUUCCCAGCUGCCUACUUGUAUUAUGUAUCCAAGUAUGCCAAUAUAUUCUUCGCACGCGAAUUGUCCAAACGUAUGGCUGGCAGUGGUGUGACCGUUAACUUCUUGCAUCCCGGUAUGAUUGACUCCGGUAUUUGGCGUAAUGUUCCUUUCCCAUUGAACUUACCCAUGAAGGCCAUCACCAAGAGCUUCUUCAAGACCCCUAAGGGAGGUGCCCAAACAACCAUCUAUUUGGCCACCUCUGAUGAAGUGGCCAAUGUCAAUGGAAAAUACUUCAUGGAUUGCAAAGAAGCAUCUUUGAAUCCCGCCGCCUUGGAUGUUGAGAAGGGCAUGAAAAUUUGGGAAGAAUCAGCAAAAAUUGUCAAAUUGACUCCACAAGAUCCCAAGAUCGAACCUAAACACAGUAUCCUAGACUAGUGAGCGAUAUUUGGUAACAUUUAAUUAAGGUUGUAAGGUUCUAAAUGCGUGCUUGUGGUAUCUACAGUCUAUAACUUACAAAAAUACUUUAAGUUCUUUUAUAAUGUCUUUUUUAAAUAAACUACAUCAAAAUAUUUAAAA